GGGCGCGAUUGGGAUUUGGCCGCCAUCAAACAUAACAGGAUUGUAAAGAAAAGAAGGAAAACAUCGAAAAUGAGUCUCCACCUCACGUGACAUGUUCAACGUCCUAAUGAGAAUGUCAAUUGUUGUUCUCUCCGACUAUUCCUCCUUUACUCACUGCCACGGGAAUACGUAGUACAGUAUAUCUUAAUCGUUUAAAGUAAAGCAGCCGUCAAACGACAAAAACCCACACAAAACUCUCUCUGUCCGAAAAUCUGAUUCCAACGUUCAAAAGCCCAGAAAUCCUAGUCAAAUUUCUACACAAAACUUCCUCUCCCACCUCACGCGCCGCCCACCAACGCCACGCCCCCCUCUCUCUCUCAGAGAAGUAAAGAGAGAUCGCCAUCUCCUCCCCCACCAUCUCAAGCUCCACUUUCUCUCUCUCCUUCUCUCUCUCUAACUACCAAAAGAGUAUAUUUGAAGAUAAAAAGUUGAGAUACUAUAUAUGAAUCCAAAACCUCUGAACCCAAGAUGGGCGGAGUCACCUCGUCGAUCGCCGCUAAGUUUGCCUUCUUCCCACCAACCCCGCCGUCAUACACAGUGAUCGCCGCCGCCGACGAGUACCCCUGCAGUCAAUUUCACAUCCCUGAGCUUCCGAGGAGGGACGGCGUUGAUGUCUUGAAGCUUCGGACUCGACGAAGCAACGAAAUCGUGGCCGUACAUAUCAAGCACCCCAAAGCAUCGGCCACUCUGCUCUACUCUCACGGUAAUGCCGCAGAUUUGGGUCAGAUGUUUGAGCUUUUUGUGGAAUUGAGCCUCCGUCUUCGCGUCAAUCUUAUGGGGUAUGACUACUCUGGCUAUGGACAAUCAACUGGAAAGCCAACUGAGUGUAAUACAUAUGCAGACAUCGAUGCAGUAUAUAAAUGCCUCAAGGAGCAGUAUGGGGCUAAAGAUGAACAACUAAUAUUAUAUGGUCAAUCUGUUGGUAGUGGCCCAACCAUUGAUCUUGCUUCCCGGAUACCAAACUUGAGAGCUGUGAUACUGCAUAGUCCUAUACUUUCUGGGCUGAGAGUAUUGUAUCCUGUCAAACGUACAUAUUGGUUUGAUAUUUACAAGAAUAUUGACAAAAUUGGUCUGGUGAGCUGUCCUGUUCUGGUAAUGCAUGGGACAGCAGACGAAGUUGUUGAUUGGUCCCACGGAAAGCAGCUUUGGGAGCUUUGCAAGGAAAAGUAUGAACCCUUGUGGUUAAGUGGAGGUGGGCAUUGCAAUCUUGAGCUCUAUCCAGAGUUCAUUAAACAUCUGAAGAAAUUUGUCCUCAGCCUUGGCAAAUCAAAAGGUGCCACAAAUGGUUCUAAGAAAGCUACAGUAGACACUGACAAUCAGACCAAACCAUCUGAAAGUAGUGCUUCAGAUACAUUCGACUUGUGCCUGGACGUACCAGAAGUUUCAAGAAACAGUUUAGAUAGCCGGCUUGAGAAGUCUAAAAAGCCAAACAAGCCAGAAAAGUCUCGGAUGAGCACUGAUCGAGUUGACAGGUCUAGACUAAGAAAGGGCUUAAUCUGGUGAUUACUCGUGUUGUUCACUAAUACUCACUUGAGGAGGUAAUUUACUCAACUGCUGGCUUUAGCUCCAACUACAAUUAUCUUAUUGGGUGUGAUUCAUUAUAUGAAUAAUCGAAGCGAUGUGUAUGUUCAGAAGGAUAAAUCACAUAGGUAGGGAAUCUUGCAUUUGGAUCUCUUUUUUUCCCUGUACUAUCAGCAACCUUAUUUCAAUAUGAAGAUCCUGUUUGUUUCAGCA